AUGUACUUCUCCAUCAGCACCCAGGGCGAAAACUUGGAAGGCAAGAUAGACAAGUUGAGCGACCAAGAUUACAACUCGAUAUCGAACGAUUACCUCGACGACAUCUCCGACGCGUUGGAGGAGCUCAAUGAGGAAUUUGAGCAAGUGGACGCCGAGUUGAGCCAUGGGGUCUUGACGUUGACACUACCACCAAAUGGCACCUACGUUAUUAAUAAGCAGCCUCCAAACCACCAGAUCUGGCUCAGCUCGCCCAUUAGCGGACCCAAGCGGUACGAUUUGAUUGGAGGCAGGUGGAUCACUUUGAGAGACGGCACUUCUUUGACCCAAUUGUUGGAAGAAGAGAUCUCGGGGGCACUCAAGACGGACUUCAAAUUUGGCAAUGAGAGAUAG